GGAUGUAGAACAUCAGUCUGGAAGGGAACUUGGCCAUGCCAAGAAGGCUGCAAGGAGCAAUACAGAUGAAAUGGAGUCCAGGGUUCGGGACACAGGCAAUGACAGUGCUAGCACUGCCCCCAGGAGCACGGAGGAGUCCCUCUCGGAAGACGUGUUCACGGAGUCGGAGCUCUCUCCAAUACGGGAGGAACUGGUCUCCUCGGACGAGCUUCGGCAAGAUAAAUCUUCUGGGGCAUCAUCAGAAUCUGUCCAAACAAUAAACCAGACUAGUGCAGAAUGUUUAACCAUUGUUUCAGACUCAAGUGAAGCUCCUGGCGACGUAAAAUCCAGCGCUGAACUGACUGUAAAUGUUAAACAGUUUAGUACUCCCAGUCUCUGUUCAGAAACUGCUAAAAUGUCUCUAAGAGAAGAACAAGAAUCUGGUGAAACUGUUGCAGUUCAACAGUCUUUGCAAGAAUCCCAUCAUGGUGAAGAGCAGGGUGCUCAGGCAGAAGACCAAGAUUCCACAGUAGGCAAUGACCCAAAGGGGGAGAGGAAGGCAGGAGAGGAAUGUUCCCCUUGCAAAGGUACCACAGACUCUGAAAAGGAGACAACUGGCAGAGGAAAAACGAUGCAAGAGCCAACUCAAGACUCGGAAAUAGAAGUCGAAGAACUUCGGAAACUCUGGAAGACCCACACUAUGCAACAAGCCAGGCAACAGAGGGAGCAUUUGCAGCACGAUUCACGGAAGGAGGCAAGUCAGAAGAGCAUGGCUGUGGGAGACGGGCAGGUAGAAGGUUCUGGUAUAAUGAAAGAAAAACGAAGACAUCGAUCGCACAAGUUCCUGCGUCUCAAGGUUGGAAAACCGAUGAGAAAAACAUUUGUUUCCCAAGCGAGUGCAUCAAUGCAGCAGUAUGCACAGAGGGAUAAAAAGCACGAGUACUGGUUUGCUGUUCCGCAAGAAAGGACAGACCACUUGUAUGUCUUCUUUAUCCAGUGGAGUCCUGAGAUAUAUGCAGAGGAUACUGGGGAAUCCAUUCGGGAACCUGGAUUUAUAGUGAUAAAAAAGAAUGAGGAGGCUGAAACUAGUGAAGAAUCUACUCCUGAAGAAGCUGCUAAAGAAUGGGAGGUAGUAUCGGUGGCUGAGUAUCACUGCAGGAUCGAUGCUCUAAAUAGCGAAGAACUGCGCACACUCUGCAGACGUCUCCAGAUAACAACAAGAGAAGAUACAAACUCAAAACAGACAACAAAUAUUAAAACAGACCUGGAGCCUGAAGCAUUCCGGCCAAAUCUUAGUGAUCCAAGCGAAUUACUACAACCAGAACAAAUUGAAAAGCUCACAAAGUCUCUUCCACCACGGACCAUCGGCUACCCAUGGACUCUGGCCUACAGUACUGCAAAGCAUGGCAUGAGCUUGAAGACUUUGUACCGAACGAUGCUGGGGCUGGACACCCCUGUCCUGCUGGUGAUCAAGGACAGCGAUGGACAGGUUUUUGGUGCACUAGCAUCCGAGCCUUUUAAAGUGAGCGAUGGCUUUUAUGGCACUGGGGAGACAUUUCUCUUCACAUUCUCUCCAGACUUUGAGGUUUUCAAGUGGACAGGAGACAAUAUGUUCUUCAUCAAAGGUGACAUGGACUCCCUUGCUUUUGGCGGAGGAGGAGGGGAGUUUGCUCUGUGGCUCGACGGCGAUCUCACCAUGGCAGAAGUCACUCAUGUAAAACGUUUGGAAAUCAUACGCUUUCAAAGCGAGAAGACUUCAUUAUUCAAGACAUAGAAAUUUGGGCUUUUGAAUAAGUAUAUAACUUUUUCUGCAGGGUAUUGUCCCAAACCUGACACGAAUCAGUGCAGCACAUCCUGAGGAGCAAUAUAACAUGUUAUUCUACACUUUUUUUUUAA